AUUGGACCGCAGCUCUGCUCCCGUCCGAAAAACGGUGUGGCAAAGGGGUGUGUGGAAUAAACCAAUUGUGUAUGAGAUUCUUGGACUCGUUGGAAAUCUAGCAGUACAAGCACAACCAAUGCUGGAUUUUCAAGACGGUUACUCCUGAAAGAUAGGGCAGUUCCUACUUUGUUGGGCCAAUCUGGUGCUUCAGGAUCACAGCCUAUUUGUUUUAUGAAGAUGGAGAUUAGGCCUCUGUUGAUGUGCUUUGCUCUGUGCGUGGUCUAUGCCACCAGUAAACCCACAGAGAAGAAGAAACGUGUCCACCAGGAUGAGUCAUUGAGCAGCAAGGAGCAUGAUGAUGGCGCAAACUUUGACUAUGACCACGAUGCCUUCCUUGGCGAGGAGGAAGCCAAGACUUUUGAUGACCUGACCCCAGAAGAAAGCAAGAAUAGACUUGGUAAAAUGGUGGAAAAGAUUGAUGCAGACCAGGAUGGCUUUGUCACAGAGGCUGAGCUGAAAGCAUGGAUCAAAAAGGCUCAAAAGAAAUACAUCUAUGAUAAUGUGGAAAGGCAGUGGAAGGAUUUUGACAUGAAUAACGAUGGCAUGAUCUCCUGGGAUGAAUACAAGAACAUAACAUAUGGCACCUACCUCGAUGACCCUGAGCCUGAUGAUGGCUACAACUACAAGCAGAUGAUGGCAAGAGAUGAACGACGCUUCAAAAUGGCUGAUGAUAAUGGAGACCACAUUGCUGACAAAGAGGAGUUCACUGCCUUCCUUCACCCUGAGGAGUAUGAACAUAUGAAGGACAUUGUUGUGUUGGAAACUAUGGAGGAUAUUGAUAAGAAUGGUGAUGGUUUUAUCGACCUAGAGGAGUAUAUUGGUGACAUGUACAACCAUGAGGAUGAAAUGGAUGAGCCAGAAUGGGUGGCGACAGAGCGUGAGCAGUUUUCAGAGUUCAGAGACAAGAACAAGGAUGGGAAGAUGGACAAAGAGGAGACCAUGGACUGGAUUAUACCAUCUGACUAUGACCAUGCAGAGGCUGAAGCAAAGCAUCUGGUAUACGAGUCUGACACGAACAAGGAUGGCAAACUAACCAAAGAUGAAAUUGUAAACAAGUAUGACUUGUUUGUGGGAAGCCAAGCAACUGACUUUGGGGAGGCAUUGGUUCGACAUGAUGAGUUUUGAUUAUCUUAUCUAGUAUUAUAAAUAAUUACUUUUCAACUUGAUUUGUUAAGGAAUAUAAUUUAUUUUGUAUUGCUUCAUCAUAAUCCAACUGUAAACCCUCAAAUGUAGUUUACUUUGUGAUGGAUUGUUUUCCUUUUAUUGGCACAUGGAGAUUCAUAAUUGUUUUUGUUUUUAAUGUAAAGUAUGUUCUCUGUAUUUGUUUUACUCAGUCUUUGGAAUCACGGUCAAUGAACAGCAUUAUCAUUUCAUUAACUGUUUAUACUUAUUUUAAUGAGGAACGAUAUAGGACAAGUUUUGGGCUGCGACUAGGAAGACUUGCAUUAUCCUGCGAGACUCACAUUUAUAGUCACUAAGGUUGGGGUUAGGGCUAGAUUUGGGUUAGGUUUUUGGGAGGUAGGAGUAGCGUUUCUGUGGGACUCCAAAUAAACAUAAUAAACAUUGUGUGAAUGUUGCAUGCAACUUUCGGCAUCCGGAAGGUUCACUUUUUGACUCGACCCCAGUCUUAGGGUUUUAUGCAGUAAACUUUAUGUAUUAGUAUGAACUUUAUACAAACUUGUUUAAAAUGUAUGCAUGUAUUUACAGUACAUAUCUAUAUAUGGUUUUAUACAUGUAUAGGUAAUCUCAAAUUUAUAUCCUGUGUAUACUUGUUUUGGCACAAACUCCAAAAUAUUUUUUUGGCCCUAGAUCAUAAGAAUAAUUUUAAGACAUCAUGAGAAUAAUCUUAAAACAGUAUCCAUGUGUAUUCUGCUGAUAUUUUUAGAUGAACUCUUGUGUUAUUCAUGCACUCAUCCAAUGAAUUUCUACUGCUAUCAGACUCCCAGUUUCUUAUUUUUGCCACUGUGCCUUUCACUGAAUUUUGCCUUGUAAUUUCUAUACGAUUUGGCACUUUAGUAGGGACUGUGUUUAGAACCUCAAAUUGUCUUGCCAUCAAAUCAAAGAUGUUACUAAAAUGAGCCGUUUUAUGCUUGAUAUUUAUGGGUUGUGCUGAAUUUAGCCACACACUGGUCACCCGGAAAAUAUCAUGGUGAUUAUAUAGUUACUGUAGUAAACCAUGAUACAUUUUUUAGUAAGGUUAGGCUUAGGUGUAGGGGUAGGGGCUGGUGUAGGGUGCCUGUUGGACUCUAAAAAUGCAUGCAGCAUCUAACGCUAUUUGCAGUCAGAGCAAAUAAGAUGCUUUUUGCUGCUAUUUGCACUUAGUGUAAAUAGCAUCUAUCACAUGUGUAAAUUUAUUGGAUGUAAAUUAAAAUAAAAGACUCUUGUUGUUAAAAAUGUAAAUGUUAAUUCUUCAUUAUUUGUGUAUUUGAAUUAAGUCUGACUAAUGAAGAAUUAAACCAUCUUUAAUUUGU